UUGUACCAUUUCUGAUUCACAUUGGUGUGCGAACAACAUUUAGAUAUCUUUCUUUCUGGGCUGCCUUCAGAUAUUAAAUUGAGCUGGUGCCCAUCUUUUUGGCAAAGCAGACUUUAUAGCAAUCUUCUGAGGGAGUCCUUCUCAAAGCCAAUUAUUUGAAACCUCCUCCCGACUCAGCACCUAUGCAUUACCUUCCUGGUCCUAUCAAGGAUAAGAAAUGCCAAAAUAACGUGUUAACUAUUUAGAGUCACUAAGACAAAGAAGCUGGCUCUUCAGCCCAUCAUUGUCUCUGCUGCCUGUUCUGCCUAAUUUACCUGUAUUAGGUCCUUUGGCUUGGCGAUUCACAUGGGGAUUUUUGUCAAACUGCUGCUCCACCAGCUCUUCUGGCAGCAUUUUCCAGUUCCAACCAUCUUCUGUGGAAAAGAUCCAUGUCGGAUCCAUUCAAAAGCUUCUACCUCUCAUCUUAAACCUAUGCCCCCUUGUCACAGGCAUCCCCACCAUGAGAAAUAGACUCUUCCUUUCUGUCUCCUCUCUAUCCCACUUGCAAAUUUAUAAUGAGUAGAGGUCUGUCAGGUCACUCCUCCAUGUCGGGGAAAGCAGCCAUCCAGCCUCUCUGCAAUCCUGGCAGCACACUGGUGAACUAUCUCUGCACCCUCUCCAGCACAUCACUUCCUAUCCGUCGCACCGCUAUCAGAACUUUACACAGUCUCACCAAUGUUUCCCAAAGUUGUAACAACACAUUCCUGCUCUUAUGUUUUGUGCCACUGCCGAUGAAGGCAAGCAUUCCAUACACCUGAGGUCGUUCUGCUUCAUCACACUCUCUAGGGCUUUACCAUUUACUGUGCAUUUCCUGCCUUUGCUUGCCUUGCCUUAAUGCGUCACCUUGUACUUGUCAGAAUUGUUCCAUCUGCCAUUGCUCUGUUCAGCUUUCCAGCUGAUCUGUAUCCUGCUAUAGCCUUAAUCCGCCUUCCUCACUAUUUGCAGCACCAUCAAUUUGUGUAUCAGCUACAAAUUUACUUAUGUAUCUCCUAUAUUUACAUCCAAAAGAUGUACUGGUUAGUAGGUUAAUUGGUCAUUGUAAUUUGUCCUGUGAUUAGGUUAGGGUUGAAUAGGUGGGUUGCUGGGUGGUGUGGCUCAUUGGACAGGAAGGGCCUGUUCUGCACUGUGUCUCCAAAGUCAUUAAGGUCUCAGCACUAUUCCUUGUGGUACACCGCUCUUCGCAGGCUGCCUCGUUACCAAGCCAGCUUAGAUCCAAUUUCCCAGCUUUUUCCCAAUCCCACAAGCUCUAAACCUUUGGACCAACCCACCACUAAGGACCCUACUAAAGAUUCAGAAGCUUUAUUGGAGUACAGGUAGACAUCUACUGCAGUCUGCUCAUCAAUAUGCUUAAUUCUUUCUUCAAAACACUCAAUCCAAUUUGUGAGUCAGGGUUUUGCAGAACUCAAGGUUGUAUAAAGUAUCCAUAUUUUGGUAAUAAGUGUACUUUGACUUAAAUUUAGCCAUGCCGUCUAUUCCCAUUCAACCUCUGCUUGAAGAUAAAUCAUGUUCCUUAGAUUUUUUUUCAAUCGAGUAGUUUCCCUAGCACUGAUGUAAGACUUGAAAACCUGUAGUUAGCUGACUUAUUCCUGCUGCUCUAUUUUAAUUUUAAAAAAGCACUUGCUAUCCCCCAUUCAUCUAGUACUUUAUUCAGUGCUAAGAAAAUGGUAAACAUGUUUAUCUGAGCCCCUGUUCCAAGGUUACAGAGCAAAAGCAGGAGAGUACAAUUGAAAGGGGUGAUGGAAUGACAAUGAGCUGACUGGACUAAAUCUGCUUCUAUGUCUUAUGUUCUUAGCAACCUCCUCUUCCGAAAUGCUAACAAGCUCCAGAACAUUACCGUUCCUCCUCCUGACUGUCCUCUCUACUGUGUCAUUUUCAUGCUGCACCUUUAUUUUAAGCAUGUUUCUAAUACAGGCUUUCGCUGCCCUGCAAUAUAGACAGAGGUGAAAAUGCAAAGAGCAAUUCACGUGGAUGGUUGCAGGAUGGAGAAUUUCUACCUAUCUCAAAAGACUCAACAGUUUUCUCUAGAACUGGGAAGGGCGACUAGAUAGUCAGUACUAUUGUGAAAAGGUUUAACUGAGGGGACAUACCAAGUUCAGGAAGCCCAAUCUAGGGGUCAUAAAUAUAAAAAUAAUAGCCAAUAAAUACAUCAGCUAUGUGCAGGCUCGAUGGGCCGAAUGGCCUGAAUCUGCUCUACCGUAGGAACUCAGCAGUUCAGGCAGCAUCUAUGAAGGGGAAUAAACAGUCUAUGUUUUGAGCCGUGUUCCUUCAUUGGGACAAUAAAUACAAUAGGAAUGUGGGAGUAAUCCCUUUAGAAAAUGGAAUCUGCUACCAGUGGUAAAUAGCAUAGUGGCUUUGACAGGGCAGAUAAGUACGUGAGGGAGGGAAAAAACAAUAUAUUGAAGGAAGGAUAAUAGAAGCAGUUGAACCGGGCAUAUGUACAUUACAUCAAGAGUAUAAAAUGAGCAUUCCAUUCUAGUUAAUUAUGAUGUAUAGCCACAUGGAAUAUAUGGUAUUGACUAUCAGACCAACACUCUGCUGGAGGAUUGGAAUUUUGGAAUUUUGGAGGAUUGGACAUUGGAAUCGUUCCCUGAUUCCUGAAAGGAUUCCCUGGGUCAUUUGAAAAAAGACUUUAAAAUUUCGUCCCAAAGGGUAGCAAUUUCAAUAAUGCAGCACUUUAUCAAGAUGGGCCCAGUAUCCCAAUCAUCAUGCGUUGUGCCUGAUGAAAAGCCCUGGGUUCCACGUAGUUUUGUGAAAUGUGGUCAAACACCAGGAGGACCAAAUGGUUGAUGCAAUGCUAUUUUGCUCAGUUAAUCUACAUUCAUAUAAAUCCAUGAGCAAAAGGAACAGUUUGAAGCUUCUUUUUUGUAAUGAACAGAACUGAUCUUGACGCACAAUGUAUUCCUAUUUUAGGGUUCAUCAAGCCACCUUACACCUGCCCAACAAAUCAGACAUGUCUACGUGUUCAGUAGGCUUUUUAACUAGACUAUUACAGAUCAUAUCCUGGGACUGUAAAGAAUUAUAUUUUUAAAGUAUUAUUUUGUUUUGACAAUUUGAACGUCGAGGCGGUUAAGUUGCUUUGUGGCACAACGAAUAGCACAUUGUGAGAUGACAGGAGUAAUUGUGACGGGUCGGCGCCUUUCCGUCACCAGGCAACAGCCGCUCAAAACUAAUCAAGGCCGAAGGGAUUAGAUCAGGCCAAUGGGAAGGCAAUAUAUGUGAUUGACGGAAGGAGAUGUCCAAUAGAAACUGCGCAGCGAUGACGCGGAUUAUAUCAACAAAGUUGCGGGCGUUGGGAGCUCAGUUGAGCGACCUGUCACGGGCAGGAGUAGUGUAGGGAGAGCUUCGGUAUGCGAGAAAUCGUGCAUCUGCAAGCCGGCCAGUGCGGCAACCAGAUCGGGGCCAAGUUCUGGGAAGUUAUUAGUGAUGAGCAUGGCAUCGAUCCUACUGGAACCUACCAUGGAGACAGUGAUCUCCAGCUGGAGAGAAUUAAUGUCUAUUAUAAUGAGGCUACAGGUGGUAAAUAUGUGCCACGUGCUGUGCUGAUGGACUUAGAACCUGGUACGAUGGACUCUGUUCGCGCUGGACCUUUUGGACAGAUUUUCAGACCUGAUAACUUUGUGUUUGGUCAGAGUGGUGCUGGCAACAACUGGGCCAAAGGUCAUUACACCGAAGGAGCUGAAUUGGUCGACUCUGUUCUGGAUGUGGUGAGGAAGGAGGCUGAGAGUUGUGAUUGCCUCCAAGGCUUUCAACUCACCCACUCACUGGGUGGUGGUACCGGUGCUGGAAUGGGCACGCUCCUUAUCAGUAAGAUCCGUGAAGAAUACCCUGACAGAAUCAUGAACACUUUUAGUAUUGUACCCUCUCCUAAAGUAUCAGACACUGUAGUAGAGCCUUAUAAUGCAACUCUAUCUGUCCAUCAGCUUGUAGAGAACACUGAUGAAACUUAUUGUAUUGAUAAUGAAGCUCUUUAUGACAUCUGUUUCCGUACCCUUAAACUGACAACUCCUACUUAUGGUGACCUGAACCACCUUGUGUCAGCUACCAUGAGUGGCGUAACGACCUGUCUGCGAUUCCCAGGGCAGCUGAAUGCUGACUUGCGAAAACUCGCAGUGAACAUGGUCCCCUUCCCCCGACUGCAUUUUUUUGUGCCUGGUUUUACUCCUCUGACCAGCCGUGGUAGCCAGCAGUACCGUGCCCUCACCGUACCCGAGCUGACCCAACAGAUGUUCGAUGCCAAGAACAUGAUGGCUGCCUGUGACCCUCGGCAUGGCCGCUACCUGACCGUGGCCGCCGUUUUCCGGGGCCGUAUGUCCAUGAAGGAGGUGGAUGAGCAGAUGUUAAAUGUACAGAAUAAGAAUAGUACCUACUUUGUGGAGUGGAUCCCCAACAAUGUUAAGACUGCUGUUUGUGACAUCCCACCUCGAGGGCUCAAGAUGUCUGCCACCUUUAUUGGCAACACAACAGCCAUCCAGGAGUUGUUCAAACGCAUCUCUGAGCAGUUUACUGCCAUGUUCCGGAGGAAAGCGUUCUUGCAUUGGUACACGGGCGAGGGUAUGGAAGAGACUGAAUUUACUGAAGCUGAAAGUAAUAUGAAUGACCUGGUGUCUGAGUAUCAGCAAUAUCAGGAUGCCACAUCUGGAGAGGAAGCUGAGGAAGAAGAAUUAGGUGAAGAAAAUUAAGAGAUACAGUAUAUUGUGCAUUUUGUCUAUUGUCAUUCUGCACUUCUAUGUUUUCAUAUUAAAUGCUACUUUUAAAAGGAAUAAAUUUAAAUAAUUUCA